CCCUUUUAUCUAUGAUAAAUAUUUUGAAAUGGAAUGAUGUUGAACCUAACCAACUUCGGAAGUUUUAGAACUGUAUCGUGUAGGUUUUCACAGCUAAGAAAGCAGUUGAUUGCUCCUGUCUCGAGCCCUGUGACAGCAGAGAACCAGUAUGAGUGUCUCGCAGAUGUUAUGACUCCGUUGUGGAAGCUGCCGUACUCUGAGCAGCUGCAGCUGAAACAGUCUUGGAGCACAUCUGUCGUCAAAGCUCUAGCGAGCAAAGUUCACAGCCGAUCAAAAAAACCAGGCAGAAGAAAGCAAUUCACAUUUGUUACUGUCGAGGAAAUUAAGAAAUCGCCUGUGACUGAAGCGUAUCGCAACAAAGAUGAGUUCAGUAUUCAAGUCGGGGUGGACGGCAACCCGAAGACGGUUGGGUUCUUCAUCGGGAGACCCGUGAGUGGCAGCACUGUGUGUGUGGGAGGCCGACAUCUCAUUAAUUUGAAGAAGAGGCACGUACUUAUUUCAGAGGCGUUCGAGCGGUACAUCCGCGGCUCGGAGCUGCCGGCCUGCCUCCACCUGAGCGACGGGGGCCACUGGCGCAACCUGCUGGUGCGGUCGACGGGCGACGGCCAGGCGAUGGCGGUCGUGGUGUUCCACCCCCAGCUCCUGGAACCCCAGCGGGUGCAGGAGGAGGCGGAGAGGGUGCGGCAGUUCUUCCUGGAGGGAGCGGGCCGGGAGUGCGGCCUGUCCUCCUUGUACUUCCAGGCCUGCCGCAACGUGCGCUGCACGCACCAGCAGGCGCCCUUCGCGCUGCUGCACGGCCACAGCCACCUGAGGGAGCGGCUGUCGGGCUGCGAGUUCCGCAUCUCGCCCGACUCCUUCUUCCAGGUGAACACGGAGGCGGCGCAGGUGCUGUACGACACGGUCCUGCGGCUGGCACGGCCCGGGCCCGCCUCCUCCCUGCUGGACGUCUGCUGCGGCACAGGCGCGGUGAGUAUCCUGGCCUCCCGGCGCGUGCGCGGAGCCGUGGGCGUGGACUCCGUGCCAGACGCCGUGCUCGACGCUCGGCACAACGCUGCCCUCAACUCCGCACUCAACACCAGCUUCGUGUGUGGCAGGGCAGAGAAGAAAAUUUCUCAAAUAAUAGAAAGUCUGAAAUUGGCUGGUGACAUUGUGGCUGUUGCCAAUCCUGGCAGAAGUGGUUUGCACGAGGACGCGGUGGCUGCCCUGGGCAGGUGCCCGCAGAUACGCAGGUUGGUGUACGUGUCCUGCAAGGCGGACAGUCCCAGCACAAUGGCCAACUUCCUCCAGCUCAUCACCCAGGGCCAGUUCGUGCUCCGCAGGAUAGUGCCCGUCGACCUGUUCCCUCACACGAUGCACACAGAGUUGGUGAUGCUUUUUGAAAGGUGACGUCGCUGUAAAAGAACCGGUUGAGUGAUAAAGCUUUUUAUUUCUUAUCAA